CGGAUUCUCCAGCACCACAGUCCCAAGCUUGGUGGUUUGUGCCUGCAUCCCAGAGAGGCAGAGACAGGAGGAGCUCCAGGCUUGCUGUCCAGCAAGUCUAGCUGAAUCAGAGAGCUCCAGGUUCCAUGAGAGACUCUGUCUCAAAAAGUAAUUUGAAGGGCCAGCAAGGCGUUUAGCUAAAGGGCUUUCCUUCAAGUCUGAUGACUUGAGUUAGAUCUCUGGAUCCCGCAUGAGGCAAGGAGAGAAGCAACUUCUGUGAGUUAUCUUUUGACCUCCACAUGCAUGUCGUGUCACUGUUAUCUGCACAUGUUACACACACACAUAAAACUCCUAAAACAUCUAACACAUAAGAUGGAGAGUGAUGGAGGAAGACGCACACUGGUGUUGACCUCUGACCUCCACACACAUGUGCACAUAAACAUGCACACACAUAUAUACUUCAACACAUGCUCAAGAGCAAACCCAGUGGUCAGGAGGGUGCCAUACCCAUUUUACACAUGAGGACACUGAGGCAUGCAAAGAUCAAAGCCCAGCAGCUUGAUGCUAGACUCCCACAGCAGUUAUGGAGAGCUUUGGGGCAAUUCUGGAAGGAACCAAAGCAGCCAGGAGAGUGGUUUGGAGCCUCAGUCAGUGGCUCCCCUGUGCCAGGCUGCUUCUGAGCAGAGUAUAGGUCAGAGAGUUAUGUCCUGAAGAGGCAGAGCAGGGAACCUCAUCAUGACAACCUGGGCUGCAGAGGGAACCUAUGUUAAGAGAUGGGUAGGGUCUCCCUGGAGGACUCUAGGUCUCUGGAUCCUGAAGGACAGGCCCAAACUAACAGACUUAGGACAGGAUUCGUGAGGGCUUGUUCAAGGUGCUCACCUUAGCCCUGAGCUCAGGGGCUUCUGAAUGCUAAGAGGCAGGGGCACAGCCAAUUUGACUCUCUGAGCAAGAUCUAGCUGGUUCCAGCUCUCCUGCUGGCGGGCUCUUGGUGUGGGGGUUGCUAAGGUGAGGGUCAGACAUUCUGUCAUGCCACCACACGAACAGGAGGCUCUUAGCCAGUUUUGCCUAGCCUCGGGUAGUUGGGCACCCAGGCAUGCCCACCUCUCAUGGCAGCCAGUGGGGGUGGCCUUGGAGGCAGCCAGCAUGAACUUGGCUAGGGAACAAGACACUGGAUUGGCUUCUUCCCAGCAGGCAGGAACGAGGUUCGCACAGAGAGAAAGGUCAUGUGACCAUGCUAGGGACCAAGGCCACUUCUUGUUGGCAUUUGAUCAAACAUCCCUGGGACCAGAAAGAGAGACCUGGGGGUGGGGGUGGGGGAGUGUCUCCCCAGACCACAACCCUAGGGCUUAGGAAAUCUGAGAGGCAGGUAAAUGUAAACGGGCCACCCAGCUUAACUCCAUCCCCAAGGACCUAGAGUGGACUCCCAAUAAGGUCUCAGAAAAUAGGCAAACUUGACUUGGGCAGACUCAACUCGCAUCCUCUCCUGGCCUUUAUUCCACUUUAUCUGGUAUGAUAUCCUUGAACCCCAAGCCUAGGCUUGAAUCCUGGUGAGGCUUAACCCACCUUAAUGGCUGAGAGAGGCCCCUGUUUCCUUUCCUCUGGACCAGCCAUAUUUUCAUACUUCUCCCCGGCUAGGGGAAGGGGAGACCCCCCCAGUGGGGAAGGCUGUCCUGGGCACUAGCACACAGCUGCCUUUGUAAGGGUGACUGAGUCACAUGGACACCCCCAUCCUUGCUGGACCCUGGGGCGAUGUGACGCGAGGUGGCUUUAUCAUGGGGCUGUGGCUUCCCCCACGCUUUUGGGCAGGAGCCUUUCCCACGGGAAUGAAGGGAGCGGGGAGGUGGCUGGGAGCACAGCCCUAGCACAUCUGCAUUACUGGCUACAGGAUCGUGGGGGUGGCUUUGGGAAGGUCGCUUUUCUGUGCCUCAGUUUCCAUCUCUGAUAAACGCACCAGGCAUUCCUGUUGUAGAGAAGCCCUUGUGUUCAUGUUAGCAUCAAUGUGCUGGGUAUUACGCUCUAAAACAUACAGGGACACUGAGCUUGCAAGAGAAGCCUGUACUUGAGCUCUUUCUGUAGAGUUAAAAACCCACCUCUGACCAGGCAGUGUGUUUCCAGGCUUUUUGUCAAGGCUGGACUCAGCUCAUUCCUCUUGACAAGGCUGGCUGUGUAACCCGUUCUAUUAGGCAGGUUAGAGAGAGAUUGAGGCCUGAAGGUCCCUUGAAGUUGUACCAGCCACAUACUCCAUGGGGCAGUAGCCCCAGCAAGCAGCCCUCCCUGUUGCUUUCUCUUUUUUUCUUUCUUUCUUUUUUUUUUUUUUCCUGAAGCUGGGGACCGAACCCAGGGCCUUGCGUUUGCUAGGCAAGCACUCUACCACUGAGCUAAAUCCCCAACCCCUCCCUGUUGCUUUCUAAUCCAUAGCCAUGGGUUCCUGUGUCCCUGAAGAGCUCUCCUUGGUGCCCAGAGAGCAGGUGCUAAUAUUUUGUCUUCGCCUAACAGCGAAGGGGUAGCUGGGUAGAGAUGCUUGCCCAAGUCACCAUCUGGCAGAGGAGUCUGCUGUAGCCAGUUGGCCAGGGGUCCGCAUCAGUAUUCUCUCUUCCAUUUCUUAUAAAGAAAGGGCAACUGUCAGCUUCCUGUGCUCCCCACCCCAUGCUGACUCUGUCACCAGCCUGUAGUCCCACAGCCCUCCCUGUGGAGCCCUUUUCUAGCUGAGUCCUGGCCUGGUGCUUCUAGUAGCCAUGGGAACCAGAGAGGACAUGUGGUUCCCUAAUGCUACAGAUCCACUCUGCAUUAGGGUAGCCUUUUCUCGCCGUCUCCCAGAUUUGCACCCUACUCCUGACAUGUAUACAUGUCAGGGAUGCUUUUGAUACCUCCCCUUUCCCUGUUUGGCUUUCCUCAGCCUUGUUUGUCUCAGACUUUGGAUACAAGACUUUACCCCAGCUUUUCUCUGUCUCUAUCUUCAAGACACGGCCUGAGCUCAGCCACUUGUCCACACCUCACGUCAUACCCACCCAGUUUAAGAGGAGAGCCAGGCCAAAAGGAUAACCACCUGGGAAUUCUGUUAAAUUUUAGGUUCUUAUGAGACAGAUCUGGGGCAUAUCUGAAAUCUGAGGUUUCUGGCAAUUUUUCAUAACUUGAGCCCUGAGCACAAUCCUUCUUGUGAGAGUGGAUUUUUUUUCAAAAUCUUCCAUUAUCUGGAUCCAUUUCCUUCAAAUGGCUCUCCCUACCUCUCCACCCCUGUUGCUGUUACCCCUAGCAGUUUCUUCUGAAGGUCUCUUUUUCUUGAACUUCCUAACUUCUCCAAUAUUCGGCUGGGCUCGGGAGCCAUUUGGUCCACACCCAGCCUUUGGAGGGUGUGGCUGAGAGCCCCUUGCUUUCUCUGUACACGGUCCUGCUCUGUAUGGUGGAGACAUGGUGGAGAUGUUGAGGCUAAGGGCCUGUACCUGCUGGAUGUUUGCUGAGAGCCCGAGAGCCAGCUGCAUCUCACGGAGUGGUGGUGGUGUGCAGUGGACCACUGGGCGCCUGCUUGCCACCUCUACUUCCCCAGCUGUGAGACCUUGAAGAAGUUAACUACCUUCCCUGAGCAUCAUCCCCCCCCCUCCCUUGCCCCUCUUCCUUCUUCAUUACCACAUUCCUGGAGAAUUCCUUCGGACUCAUUAAUUGUCUGGGCAGGGGCUGGGAAGCAGGGAGGAGGCAGAGGGAAGCCUGGAAUGCCGAGCUGCAAGGCCUGCUAUUUUGUUACGGCCAUUAGUGUUAUUGUUGCCACUUGCCCUCAUUAGGUUGUGAAAUCCUCUCCGGUGCUUCAUUUUGCUCACACAGUAUGGGGUAUGGGAGAGCAAAGUCCGGAGGCUUCACUCUGGAGGGCCAUGUUUAUCCAAAACACUCCCCCUGCCACCCACUUCCCUCCCUUCCCCCAACCCCCUGGGCUGUGCAGGACCAGUGAACCUCAGCGGUGGACGGUACAUCUAACAGACAGCAGCCAGAGUAGGCAUGAUGGGGUUGGCUCACUCCCAAAUUGUUCUUUCUGAGGUUUUGGAAUGACUCUUUACCUGGGCCUCAGUUUCCCAUUUGGCUCAGCUGAUAGACAGGCUAUUUCCGGAAGUCCCUGGGGUCUCAGGGUCCAGGAUGUGAGUUUUGAAAGGUUGAGACUGAGGUCUGGCUCCCUGCUGGGAAGACACUCAGAGACAUGGGUCAGCAGUCAGCCAUAUGUGGCCUCCAGCCAGGCGGCCUGAUACCCCCUUCCUCUUGGAGUGCUUUCCGCUCUGCCAGUCAGCGCUGGCUCUGCCUGCUGCCACGGAGGUUAGACUGUCCUUCAGGAAGGGGUAGUUGUUGGCUGGGCCUGGAGGAAGGGGCAGCAUCCGAGUGGCCUGUUGCCAUGGCAAACUGGCUUUUUUGAAAGAACUUCAGGGGAGCAGCCCCCAGGGACUCAAUAGUGUGUGUGUGUGUGUGUGUGUGUGUGUGUGUGUGUGUGUGUGUGUGUGUACACACUCAUCCCAGCUCAUACCCAUUUUUGAAACUGUCACCAGGGUGCUGGGAUGAUGAGAGGAGAGACCCUGGUCCCCACUUGCCAGGCCUGAGUCAUGGGCAUCCCCCAAGGUCCCCGCCUCACCUCCGUCAGCCCUGCCUCCCUCUGAGAAAGCCAUGACUCACAGUUCGCCAGUCAUCUCAUCGCCAGCCUGAAGGGAGGAGCCGAGCAAGAGCAGGGGGGUGUCCCGGCCCUCCCCCGGUCCUCCGGUUCUCCCGGCUCCACACAGGCUGCCGCCUGGUCUCUACUAUGGGAAAGGGGGCUGCCGGCUGGUAGGAGCCUUCCCCCCACCCCAGCCAGUGCACUUGCUAGCUCUCGCUCACACUCUUACCAGAGACUUAGACUGGAAGAAUCAGCGUUGGAGGUGAAUCCUGAAAGGUGGUCCAGCUGCCUGGCUCCUUCCAGAACCCGCUGCAUGGCACCAGGUAUAAUGGCUGUCCAGGUGCUACUGCAGAUGGUCUACUUCCUACUGACUCUGCUCUUUCUGGUGCAAGGUGCCCAUGGUGCCAGCCCCCGAGAAGACUUCCGCUUCUGUGGCCAGCGGAACCAGACACGUCAGAGCAACCUCCAUUAUGAUCAAACUUCAGAGCCUCACAUUUUUGUAUGGAACACAGACGAGAGCCUCACGAUCCGUGCCCCAUUCCCGGCAGCCCCAGACAUUCCCUACUUCUUCCCGGAACCUAGAGGACUCUAUCAUUUCUGCCUCUACUGGAGCCGCCACACUGGGAGGCUCCACCUGCGCUAUGGCAAGAAUGAUUACCUGCUUAGUAGCCGAGCCUCCAACCUCCUCUGCUACCGGAAACAGGAGGAGAGCCUGAAACAGGGGGCUCCACUGGUUGCCACCUCUGUCAGCUCCUGGCAGAGCCCACAGAACACCAGCCUGCCGGGAGCUCCAAGCUUCAUCUUCUCCUUCCAUAAUGCCCCACAUAAGGUCUCCCACAAUGCAUCUGUGAACAUGUGUGACCUCAAGAAGGAACUGCAGUUGCUUAGCAAGUUCCUGCAGCAUCCUCACAAGGCCUCCAAGCGGCCCUCGGCAGCGUUCAUCAGUCAGCAGUUGCAGAACCUAGAGUCAAAGCUGACCUCCGUGAGCUUCCUGGGAGACACACUGUCUUUUGAGGAGAACCGGGUCAAUGCCACAGUGUGGAAGCUGCCACCCACAGCCGGGCUGGAGGAUCUGCAAAUCCACUCCCAGCAGGAGGAGGAGCAGAGUGAGGUCCAGGCCUACUCCGUGUUGCUUCCCCGGGCCGUAUUCCAGCAGACCAGAGGCCGUCGCCGGGAUGCCGCCAAGAGGCUCCUGGUAGUCGACUUCAGCAGCCAAGCUUUGUUCCAGGACAAGAAUUCUAGCCAAGUCCUGGGUGAGAAGGUCUUGGGUAUCGUCGUGCAGAACACCAAAGUCACUAACCUCUCAGAUCCCGUGGUACUCACCUUCCAGCACCAGCCACAGCCAAAGAACGUGACUCUGCAGUGUGUGUUCUGGGUUGAAGACCCGACAUCAAGCAGCCCUGGGAGCUGGAGCAGUGAGGGCUGUGAGACUGUUAGCAGAGACACACAGACAUCCUGCCUGUGUAACCAUCUGACCUACUUUGCAGUGCUGAUGGUGUCAUCCAUGGAGGUAGAAGCCACUCACAAACACUACCUCACGCUCCUGUCCUACGUGGGCUGUGUCAUCUCUGCCCUAGCUUGUGUCUUCACCAUCGCUGCGUACCUGUGCACCAGGAGGAAGUCACGUGACUACACCAUCAAAGUGCACAUGAACCUGCUUCUGGCCGUCUUCCUCCUGGACGUGAGCUUCCUGCUCAGUGAGCCCGUGGCGCUGAUGGGCUCUGAAGCAGCCUGUCGCACCAGUGCCAUGUUCCUGCACUUCUCCCUGCUUGCCUGCCUCUCCUGGAUGGGCCUGGAGGGCUACAAUCUCUACCGACUGGUGGUGGAGGUCUUCGGUACCUAUGUCCCUGGCUAUCUGCUCAAGCUGAGCACCGUGGGCUGGGGUUUUCCUGUCUUCCUGGUCACUCUGGUGGCGUUGGUCGACGUGAAUAACUAUGGCCCCAUCAUCCUAGCUGUGCGCCGGACUCCGGACCAUGUCAUCUACCCCUCUAUGUGCUGGAUCCGGGACUCUGUAGUUAGCUAUGUCACUAACCUGGGCCUCUUCAGCCUGGUGAUCCUGUUCAACAUGGCUAUGCUGGCCACCAUGGUGGUGCAGAUCCUGCGGCUUCGCCCACACAGCCAGAAGUGGCCCCACGUGCUGACUUUGCUGGGCCUCAGCCUGGUCCUUGGCCUUCCCUGGGCCUUGGUCUUCUUUUCCUUUGCUUCUGGUACCUUCCAGCUUGUCAUCAUCUACCUUUUCAGCAUCAUGACUUCCUUCCAAGGCUUCCUCAUCUUCCUGUGGUACUGGUCCAUGAGGUUCCAGGCCCAAGGCGGUCCCUCUCCUCUGAAGAACAAUUCAGACAGCGCCAAGCUCCCCAUCAGCUCCGGCAGCACCUCUUCCAGCCGCAUCUAGGCCACCGCCACACCUCCCCUCCCCUCUGGGGUUGGGGGUGCACAUGCAUGGCGUCUGCUCACAUUGUCUGUGGCCUGGUGCUGUGCCCAGCCUUGGUUGGUUAGUGGCAUACUAGAGAAGGCCCUGGUCCUUGAAGGGGUAGGACUGUUGCUCUGGUAGGUAGAUACCUAGCUUGCCUUGGGGAUCACUCUGGUCCCCAAAGGACUCAGAAGCACACUGCCAUUCCGUUUGUGGGCCUGCCCUAUUUCAGCCCGGAGCUGAGGCCUUGUCUUUCUGGCCACCUCUGGGUCCAGCUGUUGCUGCUGGGUGUUGAGACCUGCAGGCCCAAGCUAGGGUUAGAUCUUGAAGGAGGCUGACACAUCCAGCCUGAGACACAGCUGCCUUGGCUCUUGCUGCUCUGUCUCUGUGGUCACCACGCAGAUCAGGAGGUUGGCACUGGGGGUAAAUGGACUGGGAGGAGGUUAGGAGCUGAGCAUCUUCCAAACCUGUCUGUAACUCCUUCUCUUCAUUCCCCACCUCACCCCCUCCUCUGUGGUCCCCUAGCACUCUACCUGCAUCCUGGGGUCCUAGACCAGUGCUGUGAUUAGGGGUAGUAGUUCCCAGGAGUUUUCCUGGUGCCAGCUAUAAACUUCUGUCUAUUGUGUGGGCUUUGGCCUCUGACUCAGGGCAGGUUCCUGGGCUGAACCAGGCCAACCUGUCUGAGCCUCUCUCCAAGCUGCCUCAUCUUUGUUCACACCUCAGAGGGGCCACCGCCUCUCCUGAAGACUCCCUCUGGCAAGAACUGUGGGAUACAGCCUACUUUUCAACCCAGCAUUCCGAAGACCAAGACGGCACCCUCUGGUGACAGUGGCCAAGCUUGAUGCUCUCCUGAGAAGUGGUCUUCAAAUCCCUGUGGGUGUAUCUGAAGAUACUGGGCUUGCCUGUCGUGAAUUCUGUCUUGCUAACAUACAGUGAGGGGACCCCCCCGCCCCCCACGAAAGCUCUCACGAAGUCCUGGAGCUUUAGGCAUGGGGCUGAGAAUCCAGGAGGACUUCCUGCAGGAGGCAGCGUUUCAUCUUGACCUCAGCCUUCUAGUUGGGGAGGAGGAUGUUCUUUUUUAAAGACCAGUUCAUUUGUCUUUUGAUAUUAAAGCUCUUUGUAGAGAGUUUGGAAACUGUAGGAGAUUGUUGAGAAGAAAAAUAAAAAUCAGCUGUUAUCUAAUGCCAUGGUAAAAA